AUGUACGUCAACCAGAAGAGCCCACCCGGCGUGGAUCUUGAAAGGGUCCGUGAAUGGAUCAAGGGAUGUGAGAGAGACCAUAAAACUUGUGUCUUAUCCCAUCAAAUCUGGUACCCAACCAGACUCUUGGAUCUAGCUACGCCAGGAGCCACUAUGAAACUCAUCAUCGCCAAAGAGAUCCAACCUGCCGGGCCGUACAUGACACUGAGCCACAGAUGGGGGAGACAUGUGUACGAGCAGCUCACUUCUCGGUCAGAAGGCCGUUUUAAGACGUCUAUCGACAUUUCGACACUGCCACGAGUUUUCCAAGAUGCAAUCGACAUGACCCGCAAGCUCAAUGUUCGAUACCUGUGGAUCGAUUCGCUGUGCAUCAAGCAAGAUAAGGAGUGUGGAGACUGGCAGGUUGAGGCCUUGCAGAUGGGUAACGUGUAUGCUCACUCAUACCUAAACCUAUCAGCGUCCUAUGCAACUGAA